AUGAUCCAACUGAUGUUACCGUUCUUAAUGCCAUUUAUACCGAUGUUAUACGGCAAUGAAGAUGCAAAACGAUUAUAUGAUGAUCUGAUGGUAAAUUAUAAUAAACAUCGGCGACCAGCACCGGAACCAAAUAAACCGAUUACCAUUAAGCUUAAAUUACGGCUUUCACAAAUUAUUGACGUUCAUGAAAUUGAUCAAAUCAUGACGUGCAGUAUUUGGUUAAAACAAGUGUGGAUCGAUAAAAAAUUAUCAUGGAAUCCACACAUUUACGGUGGAGUUAGCGUACUUUAUGUGCCAUAUGAAAUGAUUUGGGUACCUGAUAUUGUCUUAUAUAAUAAUGCUGACAGUAACUAUAAUAUAACAAUUAGCACAAAGGCAACUUUACACUAUGAUGGUCAAGUAACCUGGGAACCACCGGCUAUUUUUAAAACAUUAUGCCAAAUUGAUGUUCGAUGGUUUCCAUUUGAUGAACAAAAGUGUCAUUUUAAGUUUGGUUCUUGGACAUACACUGAGAAUUUGCUAAAUUUGGAACUUUUGGAUGGCAAAGCACGCUAUGAAUUGGAAAUGAAUGAGAAUGGUGAAUUGGAUAAUGUUACAAUUGUGGAAGAAGGAAUUGAUCUUUCUGAUUACUACCCAUCAGUGGAAUGGGAUAUAAUGUCAAGGGUUGCAAAGCGACAUACGAAAAAUUAUCUGACUUGUUGCUCAGAUGGAACAUACGUUGAUAUUAUGUUUUACUUAGAAUUACGUCGUAAACCGUUAUUUUAUACGGUAAAUUUGGUAUUUCCAUGUGUUGGUAUAUCAUUUCUAACAAUUGUCGCAUUUUAUUUGCCAUCACGGAGCGGUGAAAAGGUCACAUUUUGCAUUCUAACAUUGGUCGCAUUAACUGUUUUCUACCUUUUAUUGAAAGAUAUUAUUCCGGCGACAAGCAUCGCUUUGCCCUUAAUCGGCAAAUAUCUCUUAUUUACAAUGAUUAUGGUCUCACUCAGUGUGCUCGUUACUGUCAUUUCAUUGAAUUUACAUUUUCGAAGGCCAACAACCCAUCAAAUGCCUGAUUGGAUCAAAUGGCUAUUUUUGAGGAUAUUGCCCAAAAUAUUAUUCAUGCGACGACCAAUAAUGAUUGAAACUGAUGAAGCAUUCUAUAAAGCUAAUCAUCGACGAGCAAAAUCAUAUGAAAAUGUGAUUAUUAAUCGCUUUGACGAGAAAAUAAACUGUGAUGGAUGUGCCAAUGCAAAGACAUACAUUAAUGAGCAAAUUCAAAAGCUUUACCGUUUACCGCAUGUCAUUAAGGCAUUCGAGAAUGUUUGUUUCAUCGCGGAAUUGUUAAAGAAGAAAGACCGCGAUGCGAUGGUGAGUGCUAUUCUGAUGCGUAUGGUGACGAAUUUUCAGAAAUGA